AUUGGCUGAUGUGGUCGAGGGGCGGGGCUGCGAGCAUGUGCGUGACAUCAGACCGCGCGCACGCUGCAAGUGACCAAACUGGAUCUGGAUUCGGAGCUGGAAGCUUCUGUUCUUUAAUUCAUUUUUAUUUCCUCGUGUUUUUAGGUCACCUGCGGGUCAGAGAUGUCAAAGGGUUCGGUGGUCCUGGCGUACAGCGGCGGUCUGGACACGUCCUGUAUCCUGGUCUGGCUCAAGGAACAGGGUUACGAUGUCAUUGCUUACCUGGCCAAUAUUGGACAGAAUGAGGACUUUGAUGCUGCCCGGAAGAAAGCUGAGAAACUUGGAGCCAAGAAGGUGUUCAUCGAAGACCUGCGCUCUGAGUUCGUGGAGGAGUUCAUCUGGCCGUCAGUUCAGGCCAACGCCGUAUAUGAGGACCGAUACCUGCUGGGAACGUCCAUCGCCCGGCCGUGCAUCGCUCGCCGUCAGGUCCAGAUCGCUCAGCAGGAAGGAGCUCAGUUUGUUUCUCACGGAGCCACAGGAAAGGGGAAUGACCAGAUCCGCUUCGAGCUGACGUGUUACGCUCUCUACCCUCAAGUGCAGAUCAUCGCUCCCUGGAGGAUUCCUGAGUUUUACAACCGCUUCCUUGGCAGGAAGGACCUGAUGGAGUACGCAGAGAAACACGGUAUUCCUGUGCCGGUGACGCCGAAGGCGCCGUGGAGUAUGGAUGCCAAUCUCAUGCACAUCAGCUACGAGUCUGGAGUUCUGGAGAAUCCAAAGACUCACGCACCUUCAGAUCUCUACCAAAUGACCAAGAACCCAGAAGAUUCACCCAGUGAGCCUGAUGUGCUGGAGAUCGCCUUCAUUAAAGGUGUUCCAGUCAAAGUGACGCAUGUUAAGGAAGGAAAAUCCAAAGACACUCCACUUGAGAUCUUCUCGUAUCUGAAUGAGAUCGGUGGAAAGCACGGUGUGGGGAGGAUCGAUAUCGUGGAGAACCGCUUCAUUGGAAUGAAGUCAAGAGGAAUCUACGAAACCCCUGGAGGAACCAUCCUGCUUCACGCUCAUCUGGACAUCGAGACCUUCACGAUGGACCGGGAGGUGCGGAAGAUCAAGGCGGGUCUCGGGAUCAAGUUCUCGGAGCUCAUCUAUAACGGGUUCUGGUACAGUCCGGAGUGCGAGUUCGUCCGUCACUGUGUUGAUAAAUCCCAGGAGAACGUGGAGGGUCGCGUGCAGCUGUCGGUCUUUAAAGGACAGGUGUACAUCCUCGGCCGAGAGUCGCCCAAAUCACUGUACAACGAGGAGCUGGUCAGUAUGGAUGUGCAGGGCGACUACGACCCCUGCGACGCCUCUGGAUUCAUCAAGAUCAAUGCGGUCAGGCUGAGGGAACACAACCGUCUGCAGGGAGCCGCUCCGAAGAAACUUUGAUUCAAUCACAUGAUUAUGUGAUUACUGCUCAACAUGUAUAAUCUCAGCAAACAAGGAAUGUUCUCAGAACUUUAGCUAACGUUCUGACAAGGUUGUGAACAAACGUUACAUUACUCGGGAUCUGGAAACUCCAUGCACAUUCUCCAUAGGGAAAUCGAUUUUUAAAGAUAACUUAUAAACCAUUAAACACAGACCUACUGUGAUCUACGAGGUAGUAUUUGCUUCUGCUGAAGCCGUCAGCCCGCAUUAUUUCAGCUUAUAUUUUUAAAAUAAUCAUGUUAUAAAUAAACUACAUUACCCAUGAUGCUGUACAGAACAUCAGCGAGUUGAAAAAAGCAACAUGCACCAAAAGAUCUCAUUAGCUCCGCCCACUCCCAUGAAGCACUGCGAAUGACGUAAUUAAGUAGAUCUCUCCGUGCUCUCAAAAUACUUAAGGGUUAGUUCACCCAAAAAUGAAAUUUCUCACCCUCAUGUCGUUUCACACCCGUAAGACCUUCGUUCAUCUUCAGAACACUAAUUAAGAUAUUUUUGAUGAAAUCCGAUGG